UUCAUUCCAUCAGACACAACAGAUCAGUCGAUAACAACUGAGAGAGAGAGCGGGGUGGUGUUAGAACUCUUGUCAAUUUUCCUGUCUCUUUCUCAAACUUCUCAGCAGUUUCGUUUUCGAUCCGAGGAUGUCUCAGGGAACCCUCGAAGUCCUUCUUGUCAGCGCCAAAGGCCUCGAUGACACCGAUUUCUUAUCCAGCACGGAUCCUUAUGCCAUUCUCACUUGCCGAACUCAGGAGAAAAAAAGCAGUGUUGCAUCAGGUGCGGGAUCUUCCCCCGAGUGGAACGAGACAUUCUUGUUCACCGUCUCCGGUGGCGUUACUGAGCUGAAAAUCAAAAUCUUGGAUAAAGAUACUUUCACGGACGAUGACUUUCUUGGUGAAGCAACGAUUCCGCUAGAGGCGGUGUUUGCUGCAGAAAGCGUGCCACCAACGUCGUACAGUGUCGUCAAGGAUCAAGAAUACCGCGGGGAGAUUAGAGUCGGCCUCAAGUUCACUCAUCAGGAAAGCAGAGACAGGGAAUUUUUCGUGGAGGAGUUUGGAGGAUGGAAAGAAUCAUCUUUGGAAUAAAUAAUAAUGUUGUGCCAUUCGGAGAUGUGUUGUGUUUAAGCACUCAUGUUGUUGCUACUACUCCCUUUUUCUUUUUCUUUUAAUCGUUUCUCAAACUUUAGAUUUGGACACCAUCAUGUUUGGAAAGGACAUGCAGUUGAGUACUACAUGUCUGAUUUCUGACACAUUUCAAAGAUCUACAUCAAGAUUAAUCAUGGUGUUUGAGUUUG